GGGAGGUCGGCCUGAAUGGCCAGAGCCGGGGAUGAGGGAAGUGGGAAGGCCAGGCCAAAGGGGAGUCCGGGCCGCCGCGCGGGAGAAGGAUAUUGCCGCAGGAGCCCGUCCACCUCGUUAGGAUCCGGGCCUGGCUCGGCCGCCGCCGCCGCCGCCUCCUCCUGUUCGUCCACAAAUUUGUUCUCGUCAAAUUCGUCGAUGUCCACCCGACGGAAGCGCGAGGACAGCGUGUUCCGGGCCAUGGCGGGGGCUCGGCGCCCGCUCAGGCAGCUACGCUCCGGGGAAGACCUCCACUCCACUCCGCUCGGAACCGGCUCCGGCUCGGGGGCGGGAAGCUGCCGCCCGGCACCUCCUCCACCUCCUCCGCGCGCAGCCGCCGCCGCCCGCCCACUUCCGGCCCACGCCGGAACCGGAAGUACCGGUGGGACGGAGGUGGGGCGCAUCGGGAAGCGCCGGGAAGGAGGCCCGUGGAGCUCCGGGGGGACGCCUGUCUUCAUAGAGGCCAAGAUUAAGGCUCGAGACCUUCGCGGCAAGAAGAAGGAGGAGCUGCUGAAACAGCUGGAGGACCUGAAAGUGGAGCUGUCCCAGCUACGCGUGGCUAAAGUAACAGGCGGCGCGGCUUCCAAACUCUCCAAGAUCCGAGUUGUUCGCAAAUCCAUCGCCCGUGUACUCACCGUCAUUAACCAGACUCAGAAAGAGAACCUCAGGAAAUUCUAUAAGGGCAAGAAGUACAAGCCCCUGGAUCUGCGGCCCAAGAAAACGCGUGCCAUGCGCCGCCGGCUCAACAAACACGAAGAGAACCUGAAGACCAAGAAGCAGCAGCGGAAGGAGCGGCUGUACCCGCUCCGGAAGUACGCGGUCAAGGCCUGAGCAUCCAGGUGUCAAUAAAACAAACAAACUGGC